CAUUUAGUGGUCGACGCAGUGAAACCCCACGGACAUGGCCAACACAAAGGUAUAUAAGCAGGUCGUCCAGCACGGCCCUGUCGCAUUUUCCGCUAUCAACGAAGAACUGCAGAACGUUUAAAUCCAAGCUCCGGGCGCAAAAGAAAAUAAAUAAAUAUAAAGAAACUUAACUUAGUUAUAUUAAAGAAGUUCAUCCCUCAAGAUGGUUGUCUCCGUGAAGGUCUUCAAGAAGGCGACACCCAACGGCAAGGUUACCUUCUAUCUGGGCCGUCGUGACUUCAUUGAUCACUUGGAUUACUGUGAUCCCGUCGAUGGCGUUAUCGUUGUGGAGCCGGAUUAUCUGAAGAAUCGCAAAGUAUUUGGCCAAUUGGCCACCACCUAUCGUUAUGGUCGUGAGGAGGAUGAGGUUAUGGGUGUCAAGUUCUCCAAGGAGCUCAUCCUGUCGAGGGAUCAAAUUGUGCCCAUGACCAACAACAACAUGGAAAUGACCCCAAUGCAGGAGAAACUAGUGCGCAAAUUGGGCAGCCAUGCGCAUCCAUUCACCUUCCACUUCCCACCCAAUUCACCCAGCUCCGUGACGCUGCAGCAGGAGGGCGAUGAUAACGGCAAGCCUUUGGGCGUGGAGUACACCAUUCGUGCCUAUGUCGCUGACUCCGAGGAUGAUCGUCAGCACAAGCGCAGCAUGGUCAGUCUGGUGAUCAAGAAGCUUCAAUAUGCACCACUGAAUCGCGGACAACGCUUGCCCAGCUCGCUUGUCAGCAAGGGGUUCACCUUCUCCAACGGCAAGAUCAGUUUGGAGGUUACUCUUGACAGGGAGAUCUACUAUCAUGGCGAGAAAGUGGCUGCCACCGUGCAGGUGUCGAAUAAUUCGAAGAAGUCGGUGAAGAGCAUCAAGUGCUUCAUUGUGCAGCACACCGAGAUCACCAUGGUGAAUGCACAGUUCAGCAAGCAUGUCGCACAGCUGGAAACCAAAGAGGGUUGCCCCAUCACACCGGGUGCCAAUCUGACCAAGACCUUCUAUCUGAUUCCGCUGGCAGCCAACAACAAGGAUCGUCAUGGCAUUGCACUCGAUGGCCAUCUGAAGGAUGAGGAUGUCAACUUGGCCUCCUCGACCAUGGUGCAGGAGGGCAAGAACACGGGCGAUGCCUGCGGUAUUGUCAUCUCGUACUCGGUGCGCAUCAAGUUGAACUGCGGCACGCUGGGCGGUGAGAUGCAAACGGAUGUGCCCUUCAAGCUGCUGCAACCAGCACCUGGCACCAUUGAGAAGAAGCGUUCGAAUGCCAUGAAGAAGAUGAAGUCCAUUGAGCAGCAUCGCAAUGUCAAGGGCUAUUACCAGGAUGACGAUGAUAACAUUGUAUUCGAGGACUUUGCCAAGAUGCGCAUGAACAAUGUCAACAUGGCUGAUUAGAACGAAACUCAUUGACAAACAACAACAACAACAACAAAAACA